GUGAAUAAUAAAUAAAAAUUUUAUGAAUUUUAUUUACUGAUUUUGUUUUUAUUUGCGUGCUUGAAUGAAACUCAAUAUUAUAUAGUGAAUAGUGAACAAAAAUAAGUGAUUACGGUGGUUUAUUUUAAUUGAAAGAAGAAUCGUAAUAGAAGUGACGACUUCCGACGGUUCCAUCAUUACCUCUUCUCGAACAUGAUUUUAUAAAUGGAUAUGUUUACUUCUUGGGGAUUUCUCUCCAAGAUGAUCAGAACCUGUCUUUACACAGUAUUCGUAUAAUCGUCACAGUGGAGUUCUGCUUAAUCGCAGGUAGGACAUGUUUAUCUUUGGAAUCUUUGUGGAAGAAUCUACGAGCGAUCUCGUCACUCCGGCGAACAGCGCGCUCUUAAUCCUCUAUAAUCUACUGUAACAUUCAGCCUCGGGAGGGGGAGGUUCGAUGUUGGUCCCUCCCGUGGCCCAAAGUGGGACUGGGGAUCGUCCCGUGGGCGACACGGGUGCCCGGGCCCAACAAACGUCAGGCCCUGCUGCAGCAGCAACCCUAUGGCCCUUAGCACCCGCACAAUCCAAUCAGGUUCCAAAUCAACAAUCGCAGGGUAUUCCACCCUUGGCUGCUACUCCCGCGCCAGCUCAUAAUCAAGGUGUGAGUCGUUACGGGCUGUACUCGUUAUUCCCUGGGGGUGGCGGGGGCAGUUACGUCGCAGCCACUCCCGCCACCCCUGGACCACCCACACCUGCACGAGCUUAUCACGCGACAACACACAAGGCAGAACGAACAGUUUCAGAGAGCGUGUUUUCCGCGGCUGUUGGGGUCGGGGUAGGUGGCUACACUUGGGGUGCUCCCACGCCACCUCCUGGAUCACCAUACAGUCCUGUCCCCGUGACGCAGCUCGAGCUGCUGGCCAAGAAUUUGGCUAGUUUGGCUCCUCCGGGUCAACAGGCGCUCAGCCUUCAAGGUGUUGGUGUGAAUGUAGGAAGUUUGCAUCACGCCCAACAUACCCAACACACGCAGCAUACUCAGCAUACUCUUAAUUUGACUGGUCUUCAUCAUCUUCAUCAUGGAGGCUUGCAUCAGAACACCUUCUCCCCUCAACUGUCCUUGGUAACUGGGAAUGCGCCCACGCUGACGAUCAACAGCUUCUCAUCACCAAAUUCGACAGGCAACGUAGUACCGACGACAGGAGUAUUGCUUCAGGAAUAUCAGUCGCCGACAGGUUCGACUACCGGAUGUUCGGUCACUGUGAAUGGCACCUCGUGCCCUACGAGCUCGACUACGAGCACAAUGGUAGUACAGGGAGGCCAAACCGGCAACCAGGUCGUUCAGGCCACCAGCAAGAAACGGGAGGCCUUCCUACCGAGUCAAGGUCAGCCGGUGAAACUGGAGAACAAAUCAACCAGACAGCCCUGUGUUUGCAGAAACAGCAACGGAAAAACAAAGGCAGUACAUUCGGAUGCAGGAUGUAGCAGGACGUUGCCAGUCGCAUCCUCUUGGAACGGACAAGAUGUGAACUCCAACUCCAAUACUAAUAACAAUGGAGGUAACAAUUUGGUGAAGAGAGAACCUUUGGCUUCAGUUCCAUGUCAGGUUGCUGAAGUUUCGACAUCUCUUCAUGCAACCACUACUUCUGUAAAAAUUGAACCAGUUCCUCCAAAAUCAGAAAAUGGAAUUGUCGUAUCGAAUGCAGGAGCCGGUGGCGUGCCAGUCGGGAUCGCGGUAGCCAGACAGAGAUUGCAGCAUCAGGAAACAUCCACUUCGAUGCGCAAUGUUUCUCUGAGUCAUCAUACUUCGCAUCAUGCGAGCUAUCAUCAUUUCCAACCUGACAAUCUAGGUUCAAGCACGGCCAUGGCAGUAGGCGGUGCGACCCUGGUGCAUUGCGGAGGACCUGGAGGGGAAGACCGACCGGCCCACCUUGCCAUUCCCUCGGGAGCUCUUGCACCCUCACUGAACGCCGCUCUUGGCUCGAGCCUGAAUUCCAGCCUGAAUUCCAGCCUAAAUUCCACGUUGGGUAGCAUCGGUGCCGCGGCAAGCGCGGCAACCGCUGCCACGGCCGCAGCCACAGCCGCAUGGCCGCCAACCUUAUGGCAGUACCCCGCGGCGGCCGCGGCUGCUGCAGCUGCAGCUGCAGCGAUGCCAAUGGAACCAGUUGGUUUUCCUCAGAUGGGUGUUGGUCUUCAAGGUGGCCUACAAUUGGUUAGAGAUCCAACAACGGGUCAUCUUCUUCUUAUUCAUGCGGCUGAACAAAUGCAACAAGCAGUAGUAUGGCCAAAUUAUUCGAAUCAUAAUAAUGGAAAUGUCGCGCCACCGUCUCUUUUGCUUCCGCCUCCACCACCAUCUCUUCAGCUCCUGAGCGAUAUCGGUGGCGCAAGGCUAGUCCUCACUGAAAGCAAAAGAAAACAGCAGAGUACUUUACCUAUUGUCAAGAUAGAAGCAGAUUGCGGUACCAGUCCUACUACUAUAAUCACCUCAACGGAAUCAACAAAGGCAUUGCAGACUGUGACUUCGAUGACAGGAACCCUCGUACCAGAUACACCCCUCGUGACCACGUUGCACUAUUACCCUCAUGCUCCUGCAUUGGUGCAAAUCAGUCAAGCCGAGCCAACGCAUUGCAGAUCACAGCAGCGAAAUUCGUUUCUGUCGAAGGCGACCUCGCCGGUCUCGUGUUUGACGCCGCCGCCAGAGGUGACGCCGAUCCACACGAUCGAGCCACCGGAAGUGGGGCCGAUAGUGGGGGUACAGGACGCGUCGAACCAGACGGACGCACCGGAACCGGAGGAUCAGGAGCAACCGUUGGUCGAGGCAAGCGUGAAGCAGGAGCAAAGUUUGAGUCCCUGUCAGUUGCAGAACUCGGCCAACCUGACAACCACUACCACCACCACCAACCUGACGAAUUUGACCAAUUUCGAGAUCGUGGCUGCAUCGCCGGAGAAAGUGUGCAACGUCGUUCGAAUAACCACCACCACCACGACCGUGAAUCCAGGGGUAUGCGGCAUCGUGGGUAAGGUGGACAAAGCGGAGAACACGAUCAUCAAUAUGGCCGAUUGCCCGAAAUAUUCGAUCACAAAGGAGUGUAGGAGUGUAACAUCGAUCGAUAGGACGAUCGAACAUGUGGUCAGCAAGCAAAUCGAUAGAGAACAUGAAGAUAAAAAUCAUACAGAGGAGGAGGAAAACGAAUCGCUUGAGGAGGAGAAGAUACCAUGUAGGGAUAUCAGGAAUGGACCGAGAAUUAUUGAAAUUACUGAAGAAAAUUGUGAUAGUUUUCACGAGAAUUUGGAAUUCUUUGGGAGAAGAAGGGAUCAUUCAUUGGAUAGACAUAAAGAUAAAAAUAAAAGUUAUAUUUCUGAAACUGGUAAUGUUGAACAAGAAGAUGAGACUGAUACGAGAGCUGUUGAAAAGUGCGAGACCGAAUUAGCCAAAGUAGAGGAUAUAACAGAGCUGCACAAACAUGUGAGUUCUGUUUCAGAAAGUUUGGAAAUCAAUCAGAAUUUAAAACCAACAGAAGAUUCUACCAAAUCAAAAAUAAAAAUUGAUUCCAAUUACGAAUCGAACUGUGAGAAAAGUCAGAAUGAUUGCCCUCAAACUCCUGUAUCUCGUCCUCAAAUUACUGUAAAGUCAUUUGAUAUGCCCAAUAUUGACUGUGACGAACAGAUGAUCGAACCAAUUACUAUCAAGCAAGAAGCAGACGAAACAGGAUAUGAAGACUGCUCUUAUAGAUGCGAACCAACAUCAACGACAGAGAAACCAAAAUGCCAAGAUUCGUUCAAAAGAUAUUCAGUCGAGAAGUCUCAUCCUGGAAUUGAGAACGUCGUGGAGAAACUAAAAAAGAACGCAGCUGCUGCUCUGCAGGAGACAACAACUCAAAAAAUAGAUGAUUCUAAGGAUAAAAAUGCGGAAAAUCUUCGAUCGAGGAAACAUUCAGAUACUGUGCCGAGAAAAUUGGAGAACGGUUUAAAGAAACACAUUUUAAAAUCCUGUGAGAACUCUCCUUUUCUGGACAAACACGAUAUCAGUCGGGAACCUGAAAUAUCUUCAUCAGAAACGGCACGAAUAGUUAAAGAUUCGCAAGAUAUUUCUAAAUAUUUAACAAAAACUGAACUCUUAUCUAAUUCUUCCAUGAAUAAGCAUCCUUUAUCCAGAAACUAUUUCACAAACGAUAACAACAACGAUAUUAGAAAUAGCAAUAAUAAUAUCAAAAUGAUAGAUGAUAAAGAUCCUGUUGUAAAAAAGGAAAAAUCUUUGUCUCCUGAGAUUUGCGAGUUAGUGGAAAUGAAAUGUACCGACAGUGAUAUCACGCCCAAAAAAUAUAGAAAAAUAGAAACAUUAGAUAACUCAUACACUUUAACGCCCGAUAAUCAAACAAUUAAAUCCAGAGCUGUGGUUAAUUCUAAACAAAAACCUACGGUUGACAUUAGCGGCCUUGAAUUAUUAUCGAAUAGCAUUGAACAAUUGGAACAUUUGAAACCGGAUUCUCAAAAUUCCAGUACAGUAUCUGAACUAGAGAAAUCGCCUAUUAGAAGCAAGUUGAUUUCUCCACAGGGAGAGAGUAAUAACAACAAUGUAGAUAGCCCUUUGGGAUUGUUAUGUGCUCUAGCGGAACAGAGAUUUAUGGAGGAAGUGGGAGACAAGGUACCACGAAAGUUGAAUCUCGAAAGCUCGGAGGAAAUAUCGCACGCUGGUAGAUUGUUGUUGAAUCUGGGUAGAGUGAAUAUACCGGAAAAAGAGGGAAAGACAACGGACAAACGAAAAUAUGUUCAGACAGAUAUAGAAAAUUACGAGAAUCCCAAGAGGUUCAAAACGAAUGGCGAAUCUGAGGAUGAGGAAUGCAGUUCGUUGCAUUAUCAACAAAAUAAUAAUAACGAGAAGCAAUAUGAGAGAGUACAAGAAGAUAUGAUGUUCAGGUUGAAAGAGACAACAAGGAGAAGUAUAGACUUUUCUGAACAAAAUGGUAUUAGUUCUGACGAUGAGGAAGUUGCCAUGUUGAAAAAUGCUCCUCUUAAUAAAAAUAUAAGUCCUUAUAAGAAUGUAAACUAUGAAAGAAACGAAAAUUUUGAAGAAUAUGAAAGACAUUAUGAUCAGUAUCAAAUGAACGGAACAUAUAGCAGCAAAGAAUCUAUUGAUGGUAAUUUAUCAGAUUCUGAUAUGGAAAUAUAUGAUAAAAAAUCUUCUAAUGAGAAAAUAGAGAAAGAGGAUAGCAUAGAUGUUAAGAGGCGACUUUCUAUAGAACACCGUGACUGUCAUGAUUAUAGGAACUUACAAGCAAAACUUGAUGCAAAAAAAUUCAUAGCUCGAAAAGGACAUAUAGAUAAUGAGGCAGAUUGGCCGAAUAUGGAUGCCAUGGAACUUGAUAUGAGAGUCAGAUUAGCUGAUAUUCAAAGACAAUAUAGAGAGAAACAGAAGGAAUUAUCUAAGUUGACUCCGAAAAAGGAUGAAAAGAAAAGUCCUGGUAGACCGCGAAAGAAGAGUCAUUCUUCCAGUUCGGACCAUGGACCUCUCGCAUCACCACCGAUAUUGGAACCAAUAUCUUCACCGCACAAAUCUCCACCACGAUCGCCAGAUGGAGCUCCGCCAUCACUAACUUCGACUGUCCUAGCUAUGCCAAGAUGUAAUGUGAAUUUAGUGAAAUUGGGCGAACAGAGAAGUCACAUUAAACUAUUGGAUAGUAUACCAAGCAUUCCGAUCCCUGUUCCACCAGUUGCCUCACCAAUUACUGUGUUACAAUCGAACAAAUCGUCGCAGGACGACGAUGAAAAAAGCACAGGAAGGCUUGGCUAUGACACAUCAUCUCCAGCUCCUACAAUUGCAAGUUCUAGUUCAGCUUCAAAAAAACGAAAGGUCGGUCGCCCUAGGAAGUUAAUGUGUACAUCCGGAAGUGUCAGACAUCUCACAGAAACAAUAGUUGCAAAAAAACCUAAAAGCAAGAGUUCUCUAGUGGGAUAUCUUUUGUCUUCAAAGAAUAGGCAUCUUCAAACGAAAUAUGUGGGUAAAACUGGUUAUACUCCAUUACCAUUUAAGACUACGUUAUCUUCCAUAAAAUCCUCUUCCAAGAAUCAUAAAUCAACAAAAUCAAAACCGAAGCCUGCGAAACAAACACCUUUGCAUAGCAAAAAUGUAAUUAGUUCGAUUAUUGCGGAAAAGGCGAAAUUAAGUCAAGAAGUAAAAUUAGACAAACAAAAUAAAAUGAAACCAAAAUUGAAAGCUGAAGCAAAAGUGAAGACUUGGGAAGAUGAUGAAUCUAGUAGCGUCACGGAAAAUAUGCCAGAAUCUACUGUGGAAGAAUUAACAAAGGAAAUCCCAGUGGAUAUUACCAAAUCAAUAGAAAAAGAAUCCGAAAAGAUAAGACAUGAGAAAUCGAAAAAAAAGAAGCGAAAAUCGAAUUCGUCCUCACCGUCCAGACACAAAUCAAGCGAUCGAGAUAAGAAAGAAUCAAAACGACGGAAAUCACUCGAGUGUAAAGAAUGCAAAGAAUGCGCGAAAGCUGCUCGAGUGGAGAAAACGGAAAUCGUGAACAAAUGCAAAUUAACAUCGGCCCACUUGGGUAUAGACCAGCUAAGGGUUUUAACGGCUAUGGGUGGUCUAUUUUAUGCCGGAAGACUGAGCGCUGUUCAAGCGCCUGACGUUUAUGCGAUUACGUUGGAUGGUGAACGAGGUAAUAGACCUCAUAUCCAUUCCAGAGAGGAGAUACUACGAGAUGCGAUCGUAGAGAUUUGUCCUACUUCAACGAAAGAAUUACCGCCUGGUACGAGACUAUGCGCUUAUUGGAGCCAACAAUAUCGUUGUUUGUAUCCGGGAACCUCGGUUGAACCCUCGGAACCUGACCCAGAACUUGAUGAAAAAUUUGUCAGCGUGGAAUUCGAUGAUGGAGAUAGUGGGAGAAUUGCUUUAGAUGAUAUCAGAUUGUUACAGCCUGAUUAUCCUGUCGUUGAAUAUGAUCCUAAUCCUUUAUUAUCAUUGGGAAAACGUCGACGACAAACAUCAAUGUCGACAGAAGAUAAACGUUCGUCUAGUAAUAGUCAACCAUCUGUUUCUACCAAUAUAAGUAGCUCAAUACCUGCUGUUACAUCUACAACGAGUUGUUAUGUUUCGUCGUCUGACACACAAUCAUUGGAACGACACAAGUCGGACGAUAUAGAUGUUAAAGAUUUGGAAGAGUAUCGUGAAAGGAAACGCAUGAAAAAGAGAAGAAGAGAUAAGUUGAAAAGAUUGCAAGAAUCUCAAGAAGGAAAAAAGAAGCAUAGAAGACAUAAAUGUUGUGAAGAACACAGAAAGCAUAAACACAGGAAACACCGUAAACAUAAACACAGACAUAGCCAUCAUAGUAGUUACAGUGAAGGAAGUCAUAAUAGCAGUGGGGAAAGCUGUUGUGGUCAAAAGAGCGAAGAAGAAUUAUCGAAAGAGACAGUGCCUAAAAUUGAUGAAGAAGAAGAAGAAGUUGAAGAAGAACCAGUUACUCAAGAAGAAGUUAUUCUAGAAAAAGAACCUGUUCACGAAGAAAAGCCUGAAAAAUCGAAGAAAACAGAUAAAAAGUCAAAAAUACGUGAACGACAAGAAUCAGUAGAAAGUCGAAGCAAAAUGGCAGCUUUCUUGCCAGCAAGACAAUUAUGGGGAUGGGCUGGAAAAGGUUACAGACGACCCGGGGCUAAAGGAAGAGCUAAAAAACAAUUCUUCCGUGCUAUACAAAGGGGAACUGAAACAAUUCAAAUAGGUGAUAGUGCUGUCUUCUUGUCGACUGGCAGACCUGAUAGGCCUUAUAUUGGACGCAUCGAAUCUAUGUGGGAAACUUCAAGUUCCAAUAUGGUUGUCAAAGUGAAAUGGUUCUAUCAUCCUGAGGAGACUGUUGGAUGUCCAAAGAACUUAAAGUACCCGGGCGCUCUGUUUGAAUCCCCUCAUAUGGACGAGAACGAUGUGCAAACAAUCUCUCAUAAAUGUGAGGUACUACCCCUUCAAGAAUAUACGGAAAAAUUGGGCAAGGAACCACAUAGAUAUUUGACCAUUUACGACAACAAUGACAUUUAUUAUUUGGCCGGAUAUUAUGAUCCAACGACGUACCUGUUAACUAUGCAGCCAGGGGUUGUUUGAGAACAGCUUAAGCUGACGAUUAAGUUAACGGGUGUUACUUAAUUGUUGUCAGCCAAUGAAUCACUGCGAAAUUAAACGAAAUGUCAUGGCCGGUUUUAUCACGGUUGUCAUAUUUUUCAACGAAAAGCUAGAAUCAUGAUUAUUAAAUCAUGGCGAAAAUAGAUAAACGAAUUGAACGUUCGUCGAUCGAGAGACAUUAAAGUUUACAAUAUGAAAAAUUACCGUUUACCUUGAACAAUAAUUUCGAUUUUCUCGAUAAAAAUUUACAAUGAUACAAUCAACGACACCAUCAUUCAUAGUAUGCUUUUGAAAGGCAAUCAGUGUCAUCACAAGGCACAAGCGUUAUUUAUUAUCGCAAAAGAAACCAGAGAUACCAGAGAUUGUUUCCAGUUACAUUAUAUUUUUCUUCUUUUUCUAUGGUUAUUGCAUAUGUUGUUACGAUUGAUUUUUUUUUGAUCUAGAUUCUUUUUCCCAUUGAACUAUAUAUAUAUAUAUAUAUACAUAUGUAAGUACAUUAUUUACGCGAGAGAUAAUCGUUAUUAAUUUGAUACGUUUUCUAUUAGUAUUUCUUGCGUCUUUCAUAUCGUUCGAAGUUUCAAUUGAAUUAUACUGCAUUUCGUUUCGGUGCUGAAAGAUGGACAGGAGGAAGAUACUUUUGCGAAUAUUAUUGUAAGUAUUUUCAUGACGAUACUUAUUCGCAUUUUACAAGUUGUGAAUCUUUCAAAAUGAAAAAGCGUGCAAUGAUAAAGUUGUUUCGCUAUUUAUAUAGAAAUAUCUGAUUAUUUGUAUGCUAUCGUGAUAGAUAUAUAUGAUGCACGAAGACUGUGCAAUUGUUGCAAAAUUUCGUGGGAUUCAAAAGUUUACAUUUGAAAAGAGAGAUUUCGAUAUUUUCCGCGAAAUUUGAAUCCGGAGAGGGGGCUUGUGCCUUGUGUAUAACGAAGUUAAAAUAAAAAUAAAAAGCAGCUUAAUUUUUUCAAAAUUACGAGCUGGGUUUUUCGAUACUUGGAUCACGCUUAUGAUGAAUAUAAAUUGAUAAAUAAUUACAAAAAACAAAUACAUAUAAAAAAAUAUAUAUAUAUAUAGAUAUAUAUAUUAAAUAUGUAGAGGAAAGAUGCAAUAAAUAUACCGAGUGGCAUUAAUGCGAAAUAAAUUACGAAAACAUUGAUAAAUGUUUUAUCAAUUGUAAAUAUAAAAUAUAUAGUAUACAUACAUAUAUAUACGUACAUACAUACAUACAUAUAUAUAUAUAUAUAUGUAUACUGUACAUAUUAAGUACGUACAUACGUAAUUAAAUCAGAUGUAUAAUCUGAUUUUUAAUCGUUAGACCAGUGUUAAAUAUUGUUGUCUAAACGAAAAUACAAUACAUAUAUACAUCUACAUUUAUUAAGCAAAAAUGAAAAAAAAGAGAUUUUUUGCGAACCUUGUAGUCCGAUUAUGCAAACUCUAUACGUAGAGAUAUAAAGUUGAAGUUGCAAGCUGCGAACGGAAAUAGUCUGUUCUGUUGAUAUUUUCCAAAUAGUUCUUUUUAAUACUCCUGCAAUCGGAACUUACAAGACGCGACGUACUUAGAUUAAAUAUCAUUUUCUCGCAUCAAUUUCUUAAUCUAUAUAAUAAUCUAUAUCAUAAGAAUCGUUAAGUUUAAUUACUUCAAUGCUGUUCAUAAACAAAGGUUCAUUUGAUUUUUGUUCUUUUUUUUUUUUUUAUAUAAUUUUAUCGAUAGAGAUGAAAUAUGUAAUAAUACGCUUAUUAUCCUGCUUUCAGGAUAAAAUUUUCAUUCAAAGAUUUUGAUAAGCUUCAUCAAGAAGCUUUAAAUUUUCGCUAAGCGAAAAAAAAUAUUGUUUAAUCUAGUAAUUUAAAUGAGAUAGAUGUAAAAAAUGAUCAAAGUAAUAAGUCAAUGCAAUUAAGUAUAUUGAUAUCUUUUCUCUAAUAUUUGAAUUUUUGAUAAGUUAUUAAUUUCUUUAGCUUUUUGAGGAAUCGAUUUA